CAUCAUAAAUUUCAGCCUCGUUUUCGUUCUUUCUUCCGGUAGCCAGCACAAGCUCUAAAAAUGGUGCGUAUGAACGUAUUAGCCGAUGCUUUGAAUACUAUUCAAGCAGCCGAGAGAGGUGGUAAAAGACAGGUGAUGAUCAGACCAAAUUCUAAAGUCACAUGCAGAUUUCUGUCUGUCAUGAUGAAACAUGGUUAUAUUGGAGAGUUUGAAAUCGUAGAUGAUCACAGAAAUGGCAAAAUCGUUGUCAACCUUACAGGCAGGCUAAAUAUGUGUGGUGUCAUUAGCCCCCGAUUUGACAUAUGCCUCCGAGAUUUGGAGAGGUGGACCAACAACUUAUUGCCAUCUCGACAAUUUGGAUGUUUGGUAUUAACCACCUCGGGAGGGAUCCUUGAUCAUGAGGAGGCCAGGAGAAGACAUCUUGGUGGCAAAAUUUUAGGAUAUUUUUAUUAAUACAUUCAAUUCUCCUGGAUUAAA